AUGUCAAUCACCACAAAUGAAGUAGCGCAGAAGAUCUCCAGUGGGACGUUCCAGUAUCUGCUGCUCAUGGCAGCCAACUAUACCAGCUGGGUAAUUAGGGUCCAAGCCACGAUGGAGGAUCAAGGCGUCCGGGAAGUAGUCGAGCCGGUGGCCGAUGUGGCUGUCGACACGAGGAAGGACAAGAAGGCGAAGUCACAUCUUCUCCAAGCCCUCCCGAAGGAUCUCCUAAUGCAGGUGGCAAAGAAGGCAACAGCUAAGGAGGUCUGGGAUUGCCUCAAGACGAGAUUCGUCGGGGCAGAUCAACCAAGGGAGGAGAUACCUGAGAUGUUGAAGAUCGACUUUGACACCAUGAAAAUGCAGAAAGAAGAGUCGUUGGAUCAAUAUGCGGGCAGGCUCACCAGGAUGUCCAUCAAGUAUGCCAACUUGGGGGGAACCCUGAGUGACGCCGCCCUGGUGAAGAAGUUAUUUGACACUAUUCCAAAUCAAUUUCUCAGCAUAAUCGCUAGCAUAGAGCAGUUUUGCUACCUUGACAAUAUGUUGUUUGAAGAGGCUGUGGGACGACUCAAUACCUACGAAGAACACUCUCGUCCCCGAGCAUUCGGAACCGGUGGCAACGGCGAUGCUCAACUACUUCUCACUCAGGCCGAGUGGGAGGCACAACAGAAGAGAAGCGGCGGCGACCCGUCAUUGACCCGAAAGGAGAAGGCUCACGGGGAAGGAGGAGUUUGUAGUUGGGGUGGUCGUGGACGUGGCAGAAGGCAUGGGGACUUCUCACUCAAUGACAGAGUAGGUGGCUCUAGGGGUGGUGGUCGUGACAAGAGUCACAUCUGUUGCUUCAAUUGUGACAAAUUAGGGCAUUACACGAACCGAUGCAAGGCUCCCAAGAAGAAGGAGGGGGCGCAUCUCACACAAGCUGACGACACUGAGCCAGCCUUGCUACUUGCAGAGUUGGAAGAAAUGGUGUCUGCAGCACUUGAACAACCAGAAUGGCAGGAUCGGUAG